GAUAAGAACUUGAUGCUUUGCCUCCAAAUCGUAGACUAAAGUGUGGGUGUGCUCCUCAAGUCGUCUUAAACAAUUGUAAAAGAAAAACAAACUAGUAGCUGAUGCAUCUAAUAGCAGAUUAUCCAUCGAUGUAAGGAUCAAAUUCUUCUAAGCACACCCAAGGUAUUGCUUCCAAUCAAGGGCACCCAGAUCAGGCAAAAUGCUAAACUUUCUCCUCCUCUCAUGUGCCAAAGGAUCGCCCAAAGCAAUCUCAAAAAGCCUUGCUCUGUUCUUCCCAUCCUCCUCUCUCCGAUUUGCAGUUCCCAGCAUUUAAAACUUGUUCCAUCCCAAUCCCAAUGCCGCCCCCUUUCUUUCACCCAUGGAAUCAUCAGCCGCCUGCAAGGUGCUCGCCGUAAUGCCCGUGCUAACUCUCCUCUUCCGGCUCUCAUCGAGCGCCUGUAGCUUCACCGUCCUCAACAACUGUCCUCACACGAUCUGGCCGGGGACAUUGGCCGGCGCCGGCACGCCGGAACUCCCGACGACCGGGUUCCGGCUCGACUCGGGGCAGACUGCGCGGAUACGCGCGGGGGCGGGGUGGUCGGGGCGGAUAUGGGCGAGGACGGGGUGCCAGUUCGAUGACACCGGAAACGGCACGUGCCUGACCGGGGACUGCGGCGGCCAGAUGGAGUGCCGCGGUGCCGGGCCCGUGCCGCCGGUGACGUUGUUCGAGAUCACGCUCGGCAACGGGCUCGACGACGACGACUUCUACGACGUGAGCCUCGUCGACGGGUACAAUUUGCCCGUCGUGGCAGCGCCGAGGGUGCUGCAUGGGGCAUGCAACGCCACGGGAUGCCUGGCCGAUCUUAACGCCGGGUGUCCAAAGGAGCUUCAAGUGGACGGAGGCGGCGGCGGCGGAGUGGUGGCGUGCAAGAGCGCAUGCGAGGCAUUCGGGCUGGACGAGUACUGCUGCCGCGGCGAGUUCGCCAAUGCCAACACUUGCAAACCCUCGCCCUACUCGAGCAUCUUCAAAGCCGCAUGCCCGAGGGCCUAUAGCUACGCGUUUGACGACGGCACAAGCACCUCCACCUGCAAGGCUUACGACUACACCAUCAUCUUCUGCCCGGACCUCAACAGAUUGAGGAGCUCGCACAAUUACUACACAGGCCAACCUGAUCAGGGAGGAAAAGGAGGUGGCGGCGGUGAUGAAGCUGAAGAACCAGACGAGAACACACCAUCAUCAUGUGCCAGCAACUUAUUGUCUCAUCUGCUCUUCCUUCCCCUGUUCUUUCUUCUCAGGGAGUAUGAACUCCACUGGCAUCAUCAACAAAUUUGGAAUUGAAGAGCAUGAUUCGAGCAAUCAGACAAAGAUGAGAUGAAACUGGUGGGCAAGGAUUUUGCUCUCUCAGAUGAUAAAGAUUUAGAAUGUAGGAUGAAUUGGGAAGAGAUGUUUGAAAGAUUUCCCUGUGGCCAUGAUUAUUAUUAUUAUUA